AUGCACCUACUGCUUCUGCUGCUACUGCUGCUGCAGCCACUGCAGCUUCAAGGGGGAGCCCGUCAGUUCGCUUCAUAUGGUAACAUAAGUGAAGAAUUUUUAGAAUAUUUGGAGGAAGUUCGGGGUACAGGGCCUACCAGACCACCCACCAAAAAGAAAAUUGUACAGAUGUUCAUGGCUGAACCUGGAAGACCUUUAACGGACAGGGGUUAUUGUUCUGAUGAAAUGAAGUUUAAAAAUGUUCAUUAUAGGUUCCAGUGUGUGACAGAACAUUACUUCAUCGAUGUGUCAUAUGAGGAGAUGAAAAUGAUGUGUAGCAACCCAGUAGUGCCAUGUAAGAAUGGAAUUGAAAGAUGUAGGAAAAGCAAUCAAAUAAUACAUGGAGUGUAUUGUAAUUUCAUGCAAGGAGACAGAAUGCCAGACUGUCAAUAUGAAUCUUUUUACAGGAAAGGAUAUGCUCUUAUCACUUGUCGAUGGAAAAAUGAAACCCAAGAAUUUAUUCCUGAUGGUGUAAAUGAUAUAGUCGCACCUGACUAA